AUGGCGUCCAACUCGAUGCGCUUCCUCGAGGCCUUCACGCGCGCGGCCAAGCACCAGCACGUGUCGGGCCGCGCCCAGCGCGGUCUGUUCGCCGGCCGCGACAAGGCGUUCGGCAACAACGUUUCCUUCUCCAAGCGCCGCACGCGCCGCGCCUGGAAGGUGAACCACCAGUGGAAGACGCUGUACUCGGAGGCGCUGGACGAGAAGGUGGGGCUCAACGUGACCACGCACACGCUGCGCUGCGUGGACAAGUGCGGCGGCCUGGACAACUACCUGCUGAGCAUCAAGGACGAGCGCGAGCUGGGCGUCAAGGGCCUCAAGACGCGCGACCGCGUGCGCGAGGCGCUGGCCGCCAUCGACGCGGCGGCCGCCGCUCAGUCCACGGCUGAGGCCGAGGCCUAG